UUCCGGGUCCCUCGCGGCGGGCGUCAGGUCUGAGCGGCGUCGUCAGCUCUAAGGGUUCGCGGCUAACGGCGUCUUUGCGGGCCCAGCCGCCGCCGACCCUACUCCUCUGGAGAGAAGAUGGUGGGCCGGAACAGCGCCAUCGCCGCGGGUGUGUGCGGGGCCCUUUUCAUCGGGUACUGCAUUUACUUCGACCGCAAGAGACGGAGUGACCCCAACUUCAAGAACAGGCUGCGAGAACGAAGAAAGAAACAAAAGCUUGCCAAGGAGAGAGCUGGACUUUCUAAGUUACCUGACCUUAAAGAUGCUGAAGCUGUUCAGAAAUUCUUCCUCGAAGAAAUACAGCUUGGUGAAGAGUUACUAGCCCAAGCUGAAUAUGAGAAGGGUGUAGAUCAUCUAACAAAUGCCAUCGCCGUGUGUGGGCAGCCCCAGCAGUUACUGCAGGUGUUACAGCAGACGCUCCCACCACCAGUGUUCCAGAUGCUUCUGACUAAGCUUCCAACAAUCAGUCAGAGAAUUGUAAGUGCUCAGAGCUUGGCUGAAGAUGAUGUGGAAUGAGAAACAAAUGUCAACCUGAUAAUCCCAAUUAAAGAUAUUUUUAAAAUCUUAAGUCGGAAGAUUUUAAGAUUUAAAAUCUUAAGCUCUGGGGGAAUAAGGGCAAAUAUGCUUUUAUGGACUGUCCUACACUGAAAUCUACUGAAGUUAAUUUUUACUUUGUGUAGAUCCAUUUGUCUAUUUUAUUUAUUUUUCCCAGUGGAAAGUGUAUUUUGAUAGAGAGCUUUUCAUUUUAUGAAUACACUAUGAGUUACCGAAAUAUCAUGGGUUUUGUUUAUUCCUAAAAUGUGCAAUUAAAAUGUACAUGUAACAUCACAUUAUUUACAUUAACAAUACCCAGUGCUCCGUUUUGAAAGAUAGG